AUGUUGCCACAACUCACCCACAACGACAUCACUGCCCUCGAAGAGCUGCUUCGGCGCAAGACAGAGGGGAUUCCGCGUGCUCUGAAGGGCGACAUUACUCUCUCCCUAGACGCCAUUCUCCGUCCCUCGCCACAGCAGCAGUUCUUUCCCUACCAUGUCGCCAAUGUCAACGAAGGCGCGACAUUUGCCGGCUUCCUCAAAUAUCGCGGCGACAUCAUGAAGGCUCUCCAAGCUAGCACUCCGAUGCAGCAAUGGCCCGAGCAAAUGAUUGUGGCGUACUUCUGUUCUUCGAUCGAAAGAAACCUUAGCUUCUCCAGGUACCGCGGCGAAACCCGUACCCGUCUACUUGCCAACCUCGCCGCCCGCCUCAACAAUAGCGACACACCCCUACAGGCCGCCUAUACUCUCGCCUGCAUGGAAUACGACCAACACGCCUCGCUUGGCCCGCAGUUCGAUCCGGCGAACCCUACGAAGCACAUGCUACGCUUUGCCUGGCACUUCCAGCAGCACCCAGAUCACUUCAUCGUCCUCAAUCAGAAGCGCACCGAUGCUUUGAAGGUUCACAUGACUCAGUACCUCGCUCGUGUCCGCAACAGCCCGCAAUGGGACAAGACCAAGCUGGCAGCUACACAACAGCUCUUCGACUUCUCGUUCUCGGGUGGCGCAGAUGCUCUCAACGAAGCAGCCACCAAGGGGAAGAAGAAGAGGAUCAGGGGCAAGGGAAAGAAGGGUCAGGGUCAGGACGGAGCCGCCGAUGCACCGCCUGCGUCAUCUUCCAGUUCGGCGCCUCCCACUUUCUACUACGAGUCCACACGCAUUCUGGAGCAUUGCAAGGGAAACGCUCUCCUCCAAGGUCUAGUCGCGGACAUGCCUGGCGUUCGAAACAUCGGCUCGCAGGUAGAAAUUGUGGAUAUCGGUGAUUUGAGCGCCUUCAAUGUCUUGAGCUUGGACGAGCCUGACAAGUCGUACGAGGACGACAUCGAGGAAUUAUACGCGGAUGGCGGUGAAAAUGAGAUGGACAUCGAUGAAGACGUUUGCCUGCUCGAUAGCGCUGAUCUGGACUUGUGGGUGAAGAGGGCUGAGUCUGGUAUGUAG